AUGCCACACGCCACCGCUGGACUGCUCCUCCUCACCGCGCUCGCAUGCGCGUCAGCAGAGACGGUCUCUGUCGACGCGGCGGGCAACGCAAAAGCUGCGGAGAGCAGCGCGGAAACGUGCGGCGCUGGCGACGACCAAGGCAAGUGCGGCUUUGAUGACGGCUCGGGAUCAUACGCCUCGGUCGAGACCGGUCGCGGCGCGGGCACGGACAAGGUGUCGACGUGCGGCGAGUGGUGCGCCGGCGCAGAGGCAAACGCGCCGUGCGCCAUCGACACAACGGUGAUGCCUUGCAAGGGCGAGUAUUGGUGCACGACUACAUGCGCGCUGUGGACCGUCUCCAUCCUGGAGGCGGCGACGCCGGCGGCGAGGCCGCUUACGUGCGAGCAGUUCAUCCGGACGAGCGCCUUCCCGCGCGGCGGCGAGGUUUGCUCGGAUCCCUGCCUCCUCAACGAGAUCAAGCCGAGCCGCUACCCGGCACCGACCGGGCUCGGCUUCCUGUGCGCGCCGGGCACGUGCGACCCGGCGGUGCAGAACCGGUACAACGGCACCUUCAAGGCGACCGAGCUCGGCCUCGCCGUGCUCGAGUGCCCCUGCAACUGGUUUGGCUCGGACUGCUCUGACGACUGGGUUGCGGUGGAGCGCGUGCUGCGCAAGGAGCGGCCCGACUCGGAGCGGGAGCGGCUCGGCGACUUCGAGACGACCGUCUUUGGCGUGUCGGAGGCCGACUGGCAGAGGGUGAUGGCGGAGCACCGGCCUGGCGGCGUCGUGCGCGCGCCCUCGCCGACCGCCUGGGGCGACCGCCCCCUCGAGCAGCCGUACGCGCUGGCCAACGACCGGGAGAGCGGCGUGGUCGGCGAGCUCGAGGUGCUGACGGGCCCGCCCGAGACGCACUACCACCCCACCGUCACCGAGGUCGCAUUCCGCGUCCGCGCGCUGCCAGUCGGCCCAGUCGCCGGCACGCCACUCUACAUCAACCCGAGCGCGGGCUUCUUCAACAAGCAUUACCGAUUCCUGCUCGACGCACUCGAGGGCGAUGCGGCUGUCGCCCAUGUCGCGAUGGUGGCGUCGGGCGCCGGCCUCUCGGGGGUGCGCACUGCGCUCGCGACGCUGAGCCGCGAGGGCGGCAAGGCGCUGCACCUCUUCUACGGUCUGCGCGACGUGCGCCACUUGCCGUACCGCGAGCUGCUCGUCCGCUGGGUAGCCGCCGGCCAGGUCGGCCUCACGCUGCUCGUCUCGUCUGGCGACCCCGCCGCCCGCGAGGCGCCCGAGCCAGAGAUUACCGCCGCCAUCGCCGCCGGCCAGAAGCUGCGCGCGCAGCACGCGGGCGGAGGCAAGAUGUACGCACAGCACGCGCUCCACCUCUCCUUCCUCGCCGGCAGCCUCUCCGAGGCCGGCGCGGCGCUGAGCAACACGGCAGUGGUCAUCUGCGGGCGCAGCGAGCUCCUGCUCGACACGGAGGCGCUGCUCGGCGAGCUGCCGGGCAGCGCCGACUACUUGCCGCAGCGCGUGUUUAUGAACAUCUGAGAGGCCACCGGAGGGCUCCGCUUUCUCCGGCGUUGCCCGAAUCCGUCGCCGCGCGCGGUUGUCACAUUUUGGUGUGCGGGAUGACUGAUGUCCAAUGUUCGUCUGUGAGUUGUGUCCUGUGGGUGGGGUCUUCGGAAUGUUCGUUUGUGAGUUUUGUCCUGUGGGUGGGGUCUUCGGGAUGUUCGAAUCUCACGGGGGCG